GAAGAUGUUAAAUUCGAUAGUACCGAUUGGACUUUUGCCAACAUUAAGCAAGAUCCUGAAGUUGGAGCAGUUCUCUGUGGUUUCGAUAUAAAUAUUAAUUAUUUAAAAUAUGCUAAAGCAUACACUUAUCUUCAUUCAAAUCCCGAAUGUCUUUUCUUAUUAACCAAUGAUGAUCCAACAUUUCCAGCGGGUGGAUCAAUUUUCCCGGCUGGAGGAACUAUUGCAGCACCUUUAAUUACAGCAUUAGGUAGAAAUCCUGAUGUUGUAUUAGGUAAACCCAAUAAACCCAUGUUAGAUUGUAUUGUACAAAAAUUAAGUUUAAAUCCUGAACGUACUUGCAUGAUUGGUGAUCGUCUUAGUACUGAUAUUUUAUUCGGUAUCAAUGGAAAUCUUGGUACUUUAUUAGUAUUAACUGGAGUUGCUGAAGAAAAAGAUAUCCUAGCUGAGAAUGCUCGCAUAAUUCCAGAUUAUUAUAUUUCAAGUCUUGGUGAUAUUGCCAUACUUAAUACAUAA